UUUCCAUAAUUCAAGAGUUGGGAGAAGUAUUGUAGCGAAAGAUUUGAUUGAAGGGAAUAAAGUGUGUGUGUGUGUACUCUUUUACGUAGGAAAUGUUAAUGAAUUUUAUUGUACAAUUCAUGUUGUUAAGUUGAGGAGGCGUAGAAAUGUCGCGUUCAAAAUCCGAAAAGAUCGGAAACGGUGGUAAAUGUGAAUUAAGCGUUUGGACACGUGCGAUAACAGCGAACUCCGAAUGGCCGGAUAAAGAAGAAUUCCUCGACGUUAUAUAUUGGGCUAGACAAGCAAUUGGAAUUAUAGUCGGUAUAGGAUGGGGCCUUAUACCUUUGAAAGGUUUUAUAGCUCUAUUACUUUUUGUAUUAGUCAAUGCGGGUGUUACAUACCUGUACUUUAGCAACUUUCAACAAAUUGACGAAGAGGAAUUUGGCGGUGUAUGGGAGUUAACCAAGGAAGGUUUUAUGACUUCGUUUGCUGGUUUUUUGGUAACUUGGAUCAUUAUAUAUACAGGAUUGCAUUUUGACUGAUCAUUUUUAUCAUAUGCCAAUGGUGACUUGACUGACAAAAACGUACAUGCGUAUGAUAAUUUUUACAGAUCAAGUGCUUUAUACAUACUUGGAAAUUACAUUCUAAACAUUUUUGUGGAAAACAAUUACUUGCAUUUCAAAUGUGGAGCGUAUUUAAUAAACAUGAGAUGUAAUAUUCAAUUUGUAAAACGUUUACUUGCAUAAUUUGUUAUAUGUAGUUAAACACUGUUAUAUAAGAAA